AAUGAUGUUUGACUGGGAAAAUAGCGAUGAUGAAAUCCCGCCCUUUGAAAGAGACGUCACUUUAGACGAAACUGUUAUCUGUCAGUCAUUGGACAGAUUCGGCGAUAUCACUAUUGAUUUAACGGUCGAUUUGGCUGACAUAACUUUGGAUAAAACAAUUGAGAGGGUUGAUGGAGAGGCUUUGGAUGGAGGGCUUUGCUCAUGCGUGUCAUUAGAUAGACUAAACACAAGAAUAAUAUCAAAGCUACCCUUUUCAUAUGACAUGGAGCAAACACUAAAGGGGCGAAGAAGACUUGAUUCCCUAAAGGAAUUUUCUGAUAGAUUGGGAAGAUCUUUCAAAUCAAAUGGACGUUGUUUCACGUAUCUCCUCCUCGAUCCUAGAAUUUUAAAUAAUUUAGCGGAGAGAGCGAAAAAGACGCCUCUAAGUGACUUGGAGACCUUAAGACAAUUUGCAACAGGUAUAUUUUAUGUAGGUAAAGGACAGAGUUUUAGACCUUACGCUCACUUAGAGGAUGCAAUAAUCAAACGGGGAGCUGGCGGGCCUAAGAAUCAAGUUAUAAAUUCUAUCUGGCGAGCUGGAUACGGAGUUAUUGCUCUUCAUCUAUGGCAUGGUCAAUGCUCAAGCGAAGCUUUGGCAAGAGAAGCCAGUAUCAUAGAAGCCAUUGGCUUAAAUCGUUUAACCAAUGAAAAAAGUGGCUGGUUAAAGCCACCGAUUAGUACUUGGCCUCCUAAGGAGAGACGUCUGCUAGGCGUUGAGCUAAUUCGCUUAGCUUGUCAAAGAAUUCUAAUUGACGGAGAACGCCAAAUAAAAGCAUCAGACGUUUUUUCAUUAAACACUUGCCAUUCUAAAUAA